CUGUCGGGCGUCACGCUGCACAGUCCGGACCUGGAGCACGAGGAGGACAGUGAGGACCUGGACGAAGACCUGCGGGCGGCGCUGCAGGUGUCCGCACAGGAACACGCGCACAGGGACCAGCUGCUGAGGGACGAGCAGCGGCAACUGGACGAGGCGCUCCGGCUGUCACUGAUGGACAAGUGCCCGAUUGUUAGGUUACUACGAGUCGACAACUACUGGGUCGACUUCACAGCGAGUUGUAGUACUAGAGAUGUUCUAUCGACUUCCAGAAGUUAUCGACUACGACUGUCUAUGAAAAGUGCGGCUGCAGCUUGA